CUUUCCCAUUUUUUUAAAAGUCAACGAUGGCGAUGAAUAACUGCUAUAUCGAUCAGCUGCCGGACGACGCGCUCCGCAUGAUUUUCGAGUCGGUCUGUGAAGAAGACCAAGCCACCUUCCAUGAUUAUUCUAUGCAAAAUGAAGUACGGGGAGGCAGGUAUUGGGACGAUUGGCACCAAGAUUACCCUCAUGGUUAUUAUGGCAAUGGAAAAGAAUACAAUGGCCCUCCACCCUCGACACUCAUUGCAGCAAUGUGUGUCUGCGAACGUUGGCGUUGUCUCAUUUCACAGACUCCAACAUUGUGGACUGUGUUACAAAUCUCCUUCGGCGACGGUGCUGCGUCUCUUGAACGAGUGCGCACUUUCCUGCAACUUAGCGGAACACAUCCUCUCAAAAUCACGCUACUUUGGAAUGACCCCCAUGACCCCUUCAACGGAGCUACCAGGCAAGCCUCCCCUUCGUAUGACCAUAACCUUGAUCUCCCCGCACCGGUCGAGGAAAGCGUGGCUGGCGCUUACCUCGUAUUAAUCAUCCUGGAGUUACAUGCGCAUGUACACCGUUGGCGCGAGUUUACACUGAGGACGACCUCAAAGACCCACAUACGUCAAGCACUCGUACUCCUGUCGUGCCCUUCCAUUCAUCCAGCCCAUAUGCUAGAAAAAUUGCAUCUUCAACUCGUACACAGCCAGUUGGAUGUAGACCCCGCCCAUCAUGAACCGUCGAUUUUUCCUGGUUCAGCAUCUCCCAUCAAUGAUCUUAUCCUUUUUGGCACCAGCUGGUCCUGGCUAUCACCCUCCAUGUUUUCUUCACAUCUUGUCAACUUGCGGAUACAAUACUGCACAGAUAACGGUAACAGAAAUACGGCCACUACAGCAAAAACUUUGUUGCAACUCCUUGGUGCGCUCAUCAAUCUGCAGACCCUCGCACUCGAAUUGGAUAUGGAUCCGCCUUCGACAGAUACCAUGUCUCCAAUUGCACUUCCCCGCUUGCACUACCUGGCUAUGAAAUCGAGAAAGAUGGACUGUUGGAUUGCGGAUUUUCUCCACUAUGUUCAUAUGCCCAAUCUCCGGAUAUUGACCUUGGAUGGUGUUACCUGCGAUUUCAUGCUGAUCGAGAUCGAAUUCGAAGGUAUCAUUCAAGAGUUGAUCAGGCUUACCAAGAAAAAUUCCUCUAGCUCUCAUCUAGAGCUAGAUGAACUCCAUCUCGUUCAUUUCGCACAUCACGUAGAUCCUCGGCUCCUCCAUCGCCUGUACAAACAAAUGACCAGUGUCAAGGUAUUGACACUAGGACCAGGAGCGUUCUUUGCGAAUGAUACGUUUGCAAUGGGACUGCUCCCCACGACCCACGGACUGGCGGAUUUCCCUCUCCCGGGACUUCGGACCCUAAUCGUUUUUGAUAUUCCAAUAUACAUGGUGCGGCGCAUCGUUCUAGAACGACUUUCGCUCGCUGGUCCGUUGGAGGAGCUUUAUUAUCAAGAGCCUCUUGACCGACCGGAGCCAGAGGAACCAGAGGAGCUAGAGGAGUAUGAUAUGAUUGUCCCAGACGAUUGGCAACAUCAAGUCGAGAAGUACCAUCGUAUUGAUCGUAACUUUCGAACUUUCAGGUUCCCUCGUAAUGGUAGCAAACACCCGCCUGCACCAUCCUCCGCUGGACAGUGGAAAGGAACCCCACUCCCCCCACCACAGAACAUAUAUCCGUUUUUCUGUUCUAGUCUGGCUCUCCCAUCGACUAAGCAAGCCUUCGACUUCGUGCAGUCGGCGAGUUUGGAUAUUAUGUCUGUGGAGAUGGAGGGUCUGCCUGCGGGAGACAGGAGGUAG